GAGCGAAAAGCGAAAAAAGGAAAUCCCAUCAGCGCUGCUGGCGUCGAAGCCGACGCAGGCGACUCCACCCAAAAUUGUAUAUCAAUUUUGAAGGGUUUUCGAGUUUUCGCAGUGCCCGUAUGCGUACUUGACCCGAUGGUCCAUAGCCAAUAAUAUAAAACCAAUCCCAGCGAGAAUCGACGCCGCCAAGCAGCAACAAGGAAAAUGCGAGAAAAAUGUUUGGUUUAUGCGAAAAGUUGAUGACACAUUUUGCUGUCAUUUUGACCGCAUUUUUCCUCUCCCAGCCGCUGUUAUUGCUGUUGAUUUGCGGGCCGCAUGGCGGCAUUUCCCCCACUUCCUCGCCCAUGUUGGCGGAGGCCUCGGCGGCGGAUGAAGCCGUCGGAAAAUGGGCCACACAGUUUGGGGACGAACUGUUUCUGCUUGCCCAGAAGAUAACCAAGUCGCAGGAGAUCAAGGAGAAGUACAAGGAGUACAAUGCCCGAGUGGAGCUCAAGAACGGCACGGAGCUUAUCAAAUCGAUUACGGCCAAUGUGGGCAAGAUGCUGGCCAGAAAGAUGGACGCGGUGCGCUGUAUUCAGGAGCGGGCGGAGGCCGUCAACGAGAACUUUGAGUUCAACCGUACCUAUGCACUGCAGAACUACUCAUAUUACUCCAGCAAGUACUCCACCUUUAAUGGUAACAGUUCCGAGACUCUGGAGCCGAAUGAGGCCGAGUUCGCAUGGAUGUAUACACCCAUGGAACUUAAUCCGGACACGCACUUUUACAACACGCCGGUGGACACGGAGCACAGUUCGGUGCAUGUUCCAUCGAACGUUUGGGAUCGCUCGGAUCGAGUGCUGAAGACCAUCAUGUGGUCGGAGCAGCUGGACGAGGUGUUCCGGAGGAAUUACCAGUCUGAUCCGGCUUUGUCGUGGCAGUACUUCGGCUCGGAUACGGGCAUCCUGCGUCACUAUCCAGCAUCUCAGUGGACAGACAUAAGGCCGAAUCGCAUGGAUGCCGAUACCUACGAUUGUCGGAAGCGUUCGUGGUACAUUGAGACGGCCACAUGCUCUAAGGAUAUCGUCAUUCUGCUGGAUCACUCCGGAUCAAUGACGGGUUUUCGCCACCACGUGGGAAAAUUCACCAUCCGUAGCAUCUUGGACACUUUCUCAAACAACGACUUCUUUACCAUCUUCCGCUACUCGGCGGAGGUCGAGGACAUCAUCCCCUGUUUCAACGGAGCCCUCGUCCAGGCCACGCCCGAGAAUAUCGAGGUUUUCAAUGAGGCCAUUGCCAACCUGCCGGAUCCGGAGGGUUAUGCCAAUCUAACGUUGGCCUACGAAAAGGCCUUCCAGCUGCUGCACACCUACUUCGAGAGCCGGAACUGCAGUGCCAAUUCCACGUCCAGCUGUAACCAGGCCAUUAUGUUGGUCACCGAUGGCGUCGCCGGCAAUACAACCGAGGUCUUCCAGAAGUACAACUGGGGCAAUGGCGAGAACGGUACCUGGCACAUGAAUGUGCGCAUCUUUACCUAUCUACUGGGCAAGGAGGUGACCAAGGUGCGAGAGAUUCAAUGGAUGGCCUGCCUCAACAGGGGCUACUACUCGCACGUCCAGACCCUUGACGAGGUACACGAGGAGGUCCUCAAAUACGUGGAUGUCAUCGCAACACCUCUGGUCCUGCAGAACGUAGAGCAUCCGCCCACAUGGACUCACGCCUUUACGGAUAAGACGUAUGAUCCAAAAACCUCUGAUGAGAAAAGACCCCGCCUCAUGAUAGCUGUGGGCGUGCCGGCAUUCGAUCGAUUCUAUCGCCAUGAGAACAGCACCAACCGGAGGGCACGAAUGCUGGGCGUAGCUGGAACAGAUGUGCCCGUGGAAGAUAUAGACAAGCUGACAUUGCCCUACAAGCUUGGAGUCAAUGGCUACUCCUUUGUGGUAUCCAACAAUGGUUAUGUCCUGCUGCAUCCUGAUCUGCGACCCAUGGGGACAAAUGGCAGGAUGAAUCCGAACUACAACAGCAUCGAUUUCACCGAGGUUGAGCAUCUGUUCGAGGACCAAAAUCCCCGGGAGCCUGGCGAUACCAUCCUGAACAUACGCAGUGCCAUGGUGCAGAACAAGACCAAGCAAUUCACGGAUGUUUCUGUGAAAUUCCAUUACGACACAAUGCGUCGCGUCUCGGAGGAGAAGCAGGACUACUUCUUUGCUCCUCUGCCGAAUACUCCGUUCACCUUGGGCAUCGUUAUGCCAAGUGAGUAUGGCAAGACGUGGAUAAAGGUGGGCGAGGAGGUGUCCAAGAAUACGCACAUGAAGAUUAAUAUAUCGGAUUUCUUCAUCGGUGAAAACUGGAAAGUCCAUCCCGAUUGGGUCUAUUGCAAGUAUCACUAUCUGGAGGGACACGAGUUUAAAACACCCGAGGCAGAGUUGCGUGAAUUCCUGGGCAAGAUGGUGAAGAAGGAUUGGAAAUGGGCAGAACAGUAUGCAGAAGAUGAAUCCGAUCGGAAUAACAAGGAAAACCUGAACUGCGGCCGAAAGACACUAGGAGACGAUGCCUAUUACUGCAACACGGAGCUGGUGCAUCUGCUGGUCUUCGACGCCAAGGUGACCAACUCCAGCUACGGCGAGUGGAAAUUCGAGAACGAGGAGGAGCGUCAGCUGAUCCUGCGCUUUGGAGCUGACCUGCGCUUUGUGGCCACGAUGAGCGGUCUCACUCGUUGGCAGUUCAUCUUUGGGGAGGUGGAGGUGGACACGGAUCGUGAGUUCGGCGACUAUCACACCAAGGCCAUCGACGAGACCUGGUAUAAAAGCGCCAUCCUGCAGCAUCACGAGGACCGAACAGAGAGCUUCGUCUACUCCGUGAAGCACUACAACGAUCCAAUGGAGGACAGCGAAUUGAAAAUUACCGCCUCGCAUGCGAUCUUCCCGAGGGACGGUGGCAAGGAGGCACCUGCCUGCGUUGUAGGCUUUCAGUUCUCCCAUGCCCGCAUGUGGGAGCGGUUCUUCAACAUCACCGCCGAGGAUCAUUGCCACCGUUGCCUGCCCAUCUGUACGGACGACGACGUGGACUGUGUGGUCAUCGACAACAAUGCCUAUAUUGUGAUUGGCCAGAAUAUUAACACUACUGGUAAGUUCUUUGGCGAGUUCCACGGCGAUGUGAUGUCUGCAAUGGUGGAAAGGGGCAUCUUUCUGAGCAUCGCAGUCUACGAUUACCAGGAGCAGUGCAAGGAAGAGCCAAAGACGAACAGUGAUGCCCAUGGUCUACUGCAUCCCCUUCGAUUGUUAAGUCUUGGCUGGAAGUGGUUGGUCAGUCAUCUCUUCUUUCAGUAUCAAAGGAUUCAGUGGUGGGCGGAUGGAGCGCCAUUCAUGGAAUACACCGAUGAAAUCGAGGACGAGUACGUGGCCGUGGGCGACGGCGGCAAAGCUUCGGCUUCCAAGCCAAAGGAGGACAGCGAUGACGAGAAUGCUUUGUUUGACGAACCCGAACCGGAUCCCAUCUAUAAGCCCUGCGACAUGCGCUCCACGUUGUACGCCCUGGAGCCCAGUGCCUUGGUGGGCAUCAACGACUGGGUGGAGCCACCCUCGACCCGCCCCUUCUUGGUCAAGAAGAUACCCAACUCCAAUCUGCUGCUGGUGGUUGUCAAUGUCCUGAUGCCGUCGCGCAGUGUCCGCCUGACAACCGAGCCACAGCGCUUGGAAUACCCAACGGAGUUUCCCUGUUACAAGCUCAACAUGAGCUUCUACGAGCGGCGACGCAUCGCGGAGUGCUAUACGGAGGACGAUGAAGAGGAACUGUACACCUAUUGCGGCAAUGCCUCGCGGCUGGGUUUGACGCUUCAGCUGCUGCCGCUGACCAUGAUUUUGAUGUUUUACUUGACGCGCUACUUUAUGCGCUAAGGGAUAUAUACACAGGACUACUAUACAACUAUACUAUGUACUUACUACAUGCGACUACGAUCGGUUUGUUGUCCUUAUAUGAAUAUAAUUUAGUUUUCUAUAGAUGGUAAACUAUAUAAUGCCGUAGUCCAAAUACUUGUCGAAUGUUUAACAACAACGCAAACCAAACCAACACAGGCACAAUCUUCUUAACUAAAAAACCAAUUUUAGCAAGAACAACUUCAACUCUUAGACUUACAAACCGCGCCAAAAGUUACGAAACUGGUCUUACUUUAUACUUUAUAUUUUAUACACAAAUGUAGCGAAUUGAGAAAAGGCAAAGACCAAACCCCCCAAAAAGGAAGCCCUAGCUGAUCCUUCAACAGUUUCUCACGACUAUUAUAGAAUGCUACUUUUUGUUAUUUAUGUACUGCACAAGUGCAUACCUAACGCCUAUAGCUUAGACUCCAAGUUUCAUCGACAAUUUUGAUAGUUUAUUAUGGUACAACCAAAGCCAAAUAUUAAAAACAAAACAAAACAAGAAAGGAA